AUGUCACCUCUGGAAUGUUCUGAGUGUUUUGGUGAUCAACUUCUGCAUAGGACCUAUACCUGGCACCUCACAUUGCACUCGAGGCCAAAUUUUACAAGAAAAAGAGAUACCAGAUCUGAAAGACUAGAAAUUCCAAUCAAUGUGGUUCUACCUCAGAGGGGCACGACCGAGCCCUCGCUGAGACUCCACAACCUAUACACCACCCCUCGCUGCUCCCGGCAGGCCACCUUGCCCCGAAUGAGCCGCAGGGUCGCCAGCCAGCACUCCUACCCACUCAACCGCUUCUCCUCCGUGCCCUUGGAGUCCAUGGAUCGCCCCACCUCCCAGGCCGACCUGGAGCUGGAUUACAACCCUCCCCGGGUGCAGCUCAGCGACGAGAUGUUCGUGUUCCAGGACGGGCGGUGGGUGAACGAGAACUGCCGCCUGCAGUCCCCUUACUUCUCCCCCUCGUCCUCUUUCCACCACAAGCUGCACCACAAGAGGCUGGCCAAGGAGUACCUGCUGCAGGAGGAGAACAAGUCUCUGCGCGACGAGAACAGGGCCCUGCGGGAGGAGAACAGGGCCCUGCGCAAGGAGAACAAGAUCCUGCAGGUGCUGUGGGAGGAGCACAAGGCCAUGCUGGGCCGCCAGGACAGCCGGGCCUCCUCGCCACUGCUGCACAAGGACACCACGUCCCAAGAGGUGGUGAAGAAGGACAUCACAGCCCUGCCAGUGCAGCGCAGCAAGGAGAACACCCUCCAGCAACUCCGGGAGGAGAACCGAGCCCUGCAGCAGCUGCUGGAGCACAGGCAGGCCUACUGGGCCCAGGCCGAGGACAAGGUGGCCGCCGGGGAGGACACCAAGCCCACUCCCUCUUCCCACGAGGAGCCCCACAGCCCUGGGCUGCUGGCAGACCAGGGUCCAAGCCUCUCCUCUCCCUUCGAGGAGCUCAAAGGCUCCUCUACCGCGCAGGACGACUGCAAGACGCUGCGUGCCCUGCGGGAGAUGGUCAGCAACCUGUCCGGGGCCUCCGGGGAGGAGGAGGGCAAGGUGGGCGCGGGCCUGGCAGAUGGUGGGCAUCCCUUGCAGCUGCUCAGAGAGAUGAGUCAGGCCCUGCAGGCCCUGCGGGAAGAGAACCGGCUCCUGCAGGAGGAGAACAGGGCCCUGCACGUGCUGCGGGAGGAGCACCGCAUCUUCCAGGAGGAGAACAAGGCUCUGUGGGAGAACAACAAACUGAAGCUGCAGCAGCGGCUGGUCAUCGACACGGUGACCGAGGUCACCGCCCGCAUGGAGAUGCUCAUUGAGGAGCUGUACGCCUUCAUGCCCUCCAAAAACAAGGAGCCCAAAAAGCCCAGCAGAGUCUGA